AUGGCUAAGACCAGAGCAUACUUUAUCCUGGUUUCAUGCCUGAUGUUCCUGUCUCCAAGCAAAGGUCAGGAGGUUGAAGAAGAUUUUCCCUCUGCCAGGAUCAUGUGUCCAGAAGGUGCAAACGCCUACAGUUCCUACUGCUACUAUUUCAUCGAAGACUGUAUGAUCUGGGCUGAUGAAGAUUUUUUUUGCCAGAAUGUGAAUUCAGGCCACCUUGUGUCAGUGCUCAGCCUGGCUAAGGGCAACUUUGUAGCUUCUCUGAUUAAGGAAAGUGGUACUACAGAUGUUAAUGUCUGGACUGGCCUCUGUAACCCCCAAAUGAACCAUCGUUGGCACUGGAGCAGUGGGUCCCUGGUUAUCUACAAAUCCUGGGCUACAAGAGCUCCAAACAAUGCCUAUCUGAAGAAAAAAUACAAAGCACCCAAAAUAUAUUAG